UUUUAAUGGAUCAUGUAAAAUAAGAUCCCUCAUUGAGCAGAUGAACAGUAGUGAGGAACACCAGAUCUCAGCUCAAGAGUUUCUUUAGCUUAUUCUUGUUAAUAAUACAGAACACACACUUCUACUAUGGCUCCAAGAGUCCCAAACUUCAUCGCUGACUUCUUCGUCUAUGAAACAGCCAAAUCGGUCGUGGUGAAGAGCUGGUCUGUUGGAAUCAUCAACCGUGUUGUCCAGCUGUUAAUUAUUCUGUAUUUCAUCGGCUGGGUGUUUAUGCAUGAGAAAGGACAUCAGCAGCAGGACACGGGGAUUGAGUCUGCGGUCAUGACCAAAGUGAAGGGCUUGGGCAAAUUGAACAACCAUGUGAUGGACGUGGCAGACUAUGUAGUUCCCUCGCAGGGUGGUUCCUCCUUCUCUAUCAUCACCAGCAUGGUCGUCACAGCCAAUCAGACGCAAGGACGGUGCCCUGAGACUGAUCCUAAGUUUAAUUGCACUACUGAUGAUGACUGCAUGAAAAAACUGGGCUCAAACUUAGGAAAUGGUAUUAUAACGGGCACGUGCUUGAACAGUACUAACGACACAAAAUGGUGGUGUGAAAUUGAAGGCUGGUGCCCUGCAGAAGAUGACAAUAUUUCACAAGAGCCAAUGAAUGCGGUGGAGAACUUCACCAUCUUCAUCAAGAACAGCAUUCGCUUCCCUCUGUUUAACGUCACUAGGGGCAAUUUCCCUUCAAGUCUAAACGCGUCUUACAUUCAGAGCUGUCAUUACGACCCGGUGGACAAUCCGUUCUGUCCGGUCUUUAAAGUGGGAGAUAUCCUGAGACACAUCAAUCAAAGUUUUGACAACAUUACUGACAAAGGUGGAGAGAUUGGUAUUAACAUCAACUGGAAGUGUAAUCUGGACUAUAAUGUAGAGUACUGCAAUCCCAGUUACUUCUUCACACGCUUGGAUGCUGCUUUCGAGAACAGCAAUGCCUCUAAAGGAUAUAACUUCAGGUUUGCUAAAUACUAUCAGUCUGAAGAUGGGACUGAGCAUCGAAUGCUUCAUAAAGCUAAAGCAAUCCGCUUCGAAAUAAUCGUGUCUGGCAAUGCAGGGAAGUUUAAGACUGUGCCAUUUCUGAUUAAUUUGGUGGCAGCUUUAACUUCAGUGGGAUUGGCUACUGUGUUCUGUGACAUCAUCCUUCUCAACUUUGAUAAAGGGGCGGAUGAGUACAAAGCAAAGAAAUUUGAAGAGGUUUCAGCUGUUGUGUCCGAGUCAGCAAACAACAGACUCUAUGAGGGAAGCCAGAUGUCAAACAAAGCAUUGGAGAAGAGCUCAAAUGACUCCGGGACCUUUUCUAUCGGACGACAGGAGACACACAGCCCUUCAAACCAAUGAGACUUUCAAAUAAUAUUCCUACUU